GAGGCUGUUCGCGUGGCGUGAUAUAAGUGAUUGAGUCGGGAGAAUUAUCCUUACAUUUCAGUUGAACGCAGCUAUAGGACACGUCAUCAUAUAAUAACAGCGUUAAUUUCCAUUUCGAGCAAGGUAGGCGCUUACACUUGCGUAGGCCACGUCGUCAUACCUUUCGAGCACAGGCGCUUAACACAGCAGUUUACAGAACACGAAUAUUUGAUCAACGUACGUAGCUGUCAGUGGAAGAAAAAUGGCUUCGAAAAUGCAGCAGUUGGUUCAAAACUACAAGAAGGAUUCUGCCAAGGCGCUGGAGAAGUACCAAGUCCUUCGCGAUCUGGACAUCUUCGUGCUGGACAACUCCAUCCGUGAGAGCACCGUGGGGCAGCUACGGGGCCACACCCUGGAGAGCAAGUGGAAGAUCUACAAUGAGGUCAAGCAAUGCGGCUUCAAGAACACCAUCGUGGCCUCCUUCUCGCACAUGACUCGCGUGGACGACGUCUUCAUCAUGCAACUGAAGGAGAGAGGAGAGGACCCAGAAGGCCUGUGGGCUUUCUCUGAGAUCACUGAAGGUAUCAAAAAUAAGAUCCCAGACACCGAAAAUGUACCCGUGGGCAUCCGGAAAUUGAAACCUGCUGGCCUGUACUCUGUGAUCUUCGAGGUGGAUCUGGGUGAUGGGGUCUACGACUUCAACAAGUUCACCAUCAAGGACAUGUGCGAGUUGCUCAACAAGUGGAACAACUGGUGCUUCGAGAAUCUCAGCCCGAAAGCCAAGGUGAUGUACAGCUUCCGUGACCUACCAGACACCAUGCCUGACCAUUCUGACCGGGCGUUUGAGGUAGUUUCCUUCCUGGCCAACCUGCCGCCCAAUCGUCGCCCCUUCGGCAUGAUGUUUGAAGAGCCCCGAGGGAAGUCAAUGCCAGAAGAGUGUGGCAUGUGGGCCAGGUACAUCCGUAAGGUUAUGGAUGAUCACAAAUGGAAAGGGCACCUGCUGGUCCACGUUCACGAGAAGUUUGGCUACUGUGAUGUCACAGCCCUGCAGGUUCUCAUGGAUGGAGCUGAUGGCAUUUGGGCCAGUGUCUGCUCUGAAGGUGCCGCUAUGGGUAACGCCCCUUCCUGUGUCACCUUGCUGAAUCUCAUCCGCCUGGGCAACAAGAAGGUCCUGAAGAAGUUUAACUGCACCUACCUGAGGAAGGCUGCCAUCAACGUGACUAAGAUCACCACUGGCAUGGAGCCACACAGCAGGCAGCCGAUCUUCGGUGCCCGAGCAACUGACUUCGUCUUUGAUCUCAAUCCUGAGGAGUUUGACCUGGCAAGCUUCUUCGGGGAGGAAGCUCCUGUGCGAAUCACCACCAUGGCCAGCAAAGAGAUGAUCCAGCAGCGCCUAAUCAAUCUCUUCGGGAACGACCCACAAUUCACUUUGGAGCUGACCCACAAGAUGAAGGAGCUUAUUCUGGAAGACCUCCGAACGGGAAGAAAGGAGGAGUACAUGAGCAUGGUUGGCCUGGCCCUGCUGUUUGAUCGUGCUGGAGGGAGUCUGAAUCAGCCAAUGAGAGAUGCUAUCGACCAGUUCGAGGUUAGAAGCCCGCAUGCCAAGUAUCUGCUAGAAGAAGUCCGUAAGAUCUGGGAUGAAUGGGAUCUGAAGGACAAGGUGAAGGGAGACAACAUGCUGCAGUUCGACACCUUCUACAACGGCUUCCUGGCACCCUACUUCUCCUGCUACCGCUGCAACGACACCAUGAAAGCUCUACAGGCCAUCGACAUGGAUGCAGACGGCAUGGUGGAUUGGAACGAGUUCGAAACCUACCUGAAGUGGGCUCUCCACCAGUACCCAAUGACCGAAACCGUGGAUGAAUUGCUGGAUAUCACCUUCAGGAAGGGGCUUAUCCCAGCCAUGCAGGAUGAGUACAUCAAGACAAAGUAAGAAUGGUAUGACCCUCGUAACGCCCUCUUCAGGUAGCCUAUUCUAUCUUGCAGAGGGCGCUAUACACUGUCAUGCCAUGUAGCACAGGAAGUGGUGGUGAGGGGAAGUGUUUACAGUUCAUUUAAAUAAUUAACAAAUAAGGUUAUUUGUAGUCUCGCAUAGGUCGUCCUUUUUUUUUAAUUUGAGAGCAUCCUUUUUCUUUCAUCUUGUAUCACAUAUGGUAAUGACGCCAUGUGCAAAAUAAAAAGAUGUUUUUACAGAUGCAAGGAACAACAAUAUGAUAAAUCCGAGGCAGGUUAUUUAAAAAAAAAAAGGCAAAAUUGUCAUCUCACUGAAGAUAUUAUACUUUUAAUUUUAGAAAACUGUGAAAAUACAUCUUCAUUUUUCUCGAUGAAAACAUUAUGUUUCCGUUUAAAGCGCAAAAGUUCGGUCCUAACCAUCGCGAGGAAAUGAUGGUAACUCCUCUUUUCUCUAAAAUGACAGCAUACUGAGCGCAACGAUUUCACAGAAUGCAUAAUCCUAUCAUAUACGUACUUAUUCACGUAGGAUAUUUCAUGAUAAUUAGUUUGACAGUUUUAUUUUGAGCGUUUGCAAAUUUGGUUCAUUUUAAGAUUUUUUUUCUUAUAAAUUCCUGUACUCGCUGUGUUAAAUAUAUCUUGCUUCAUAAGCCGUGUGUUAUGUAGCAUGUUGAUUCCUACAAAGACAAACUAGAUUUCUUCCUUGUCUAAUUCACAAUGCGGUUUGCGAAAGAACACUUUUCCUAAGAAGGACCAAUACCAACAAAGUUCUGUUUGGUAGUCGGUGUCCUUACAAAAUAUGCGUAAUAUUGAUAUCGUGAAACAAAUAUACAUGGGAUAUUAAAAAUACGUCUCAGCUCUUUUUAACUUGAGAUUACUAAUUGCAGUGCUUCAGAUUACUUACAAACCAUAAUUUCAACGGUUUGGGUCGCAUGCAAUCCACAUGUUGUCUACUUUUUAUAGAAUGUGUAGUCCACGGUGUAGUCGUUGUUAAUACAUUUGAUUAGAGAAUUUCACUGGUUUACAACUAUUUUCUCAUGUAUUGCUCCGAUAUGUUUGUAUAUCCGGAUAUUCCAUGCAAGAAGUGCGCUCCAAAAGGUGCAGUCUUAUUUUUUUUUAACCCAAGUCAACAUGUUAUCUCCUAGUCAUCCUAUCCGAAUUAAGUCAAUAGUUUUCUGCAAUUCAAUAAUAUUUUUCCUUUUAAUUCUUUCAUCUCUUGCUCUUUUUUGUUACAUUAUUGCAAUAUUGCGGUGUUUAGAGGCUUAAAUUCUCAGCGUCACGAUAGUUUUAUUUUUGAUAAUCGCUUAUGAAUGUAAGAUGAGGGGAAAAAAGCGUCUUUUGAUUUAAAGAAUAUAGUUUAAUUGACUAAUACAUGUAGUUGAGAUUAAACAACAUAAGAGCAGUUGUUACUAAUUUACCGAAAGCGUACCAUGCUCAAAUGUAUUUCUAUAACAGUGCUUAUAUUAAAGUAGAAAAUGUGUUCUUUAGUCCAUGUCUAUUCUAACUUUGCAUUCGCUAUCACGAAGCUGUUAGUAUAAUCAUUUUCAUGAUUGAUAUUCCAUAUUAAAUUUGUUCCACACAUUGAAGCCCCCCCCCCCAAAAAAAAAAACCACAUUUGGAAAUGAAAUUCUAAAAGAAUGCACCUUUUCAUAAUUUGAAGGGGUGUACUUAGCCUUUUCGCAGAUAUAAUGGUGGACGGACAUAGAAUCAACCAUUGUGUCCGCCUUAUCAAAAACUAAUUUCAUUUUGCAAUUUCCGGUCUAGGUUACAGUGGUUAUUUAAGGAUAGCCUUUCAUUCAAAAGAUCAAAAUACUUCGACGCAUCGAUGCAGUUUGCUAGCCAUUGUGAAUGAACAAUGACAAUAUGGCCUUUCAGCUUCAGUUAAUGGGACUGAAAAGUUUUGUCGAAUCAAUUUAUAAAAUUGUAUCAUUCAAUCAUUGGAAUCAAACUUUAGAAGAUCAUUUACAUUUGUUUUCCUGAGCACAGUUAGAUAGAAAAAAAAGUGUUGCACUGCUUUUAAUUUUCCUAAUAAUAAACAUUGCUCUGCAAUUAGAUGUCAUGUUAA